ACAUUUUUUGAAAUAAAAAGCGCGGGCCGGCUAAUUUGUUUUAAAACAUCGUUUAUCGUUUUGUGUUUAUUAAUUUUAUUUAUUACAUCUACUCCUUAAAAACAUAUAAAUAUCAUGUCUCUUUGGGUGGACAAACACCGACCAAGGGAGCUUGCCAAAUUGGACUACCACAAAGAACAAGCAGAGCACUUGCGGAACCUCAGCCAACAAGGUGACUUCCCACAUCUAAUGUUCUAUGGCCCGUCAGGAGCUGGCAAAAAGACUCGAAUAAUGUGCCUCUUGCGCGAACUCUAUGGAUCUGGAGUAGAACGUCUGCGAAACGAAACUAUGACCUUCACAACUCCAUCCAAUCGUAAAGUGGAAGUCAUGACAGUGAGCAGCAACUAUCAUAUGGAAGUGAAUCCUUCCGAUGCCGGCAUAUACGAUCGUGUCGUGGUAAUCGAUUUGAUCAAACAGGUUGCUCAAACCCACCAAAUCGACCCACACGGGCAGCGAGACUUCAAAGUGAUUGUCCUCUCGGAAGUAGAUGAACUCACGAAAGACGCUCAACACGCCCUGCGUCGCACAAUGGAAAAAUACGUUGCAACAUGUCGCAUCAUUCUAUCGGUCAAUUCAACUUCCCGUGUGAUCCCGGCCAUUCGCAGCCGUUGUCUGGGAAUCAGGGUCUCGGCACCCUCACAAGAUGUCAUCGUUGGAAUCUUACAGAGCACUUGCAAAAAGGAAGGACUCAAUAUCCCCAUCGAAUUGGCCCACCGCAUAGGAGAGAAAUCAGAGAGAAACCUGAGACGUGCGAUUCUGAUGCUGGAAGCAGCUAAAGUGCAGCAAUAUCCAUUCACGUCAAAUCAGGAAAUCGUCGAUUUAGAUUGGCAGGUUUUCCUUAAAGAAACAGCUAACCAAAUCAUCCUUGAGCAGACACCAGCCAAGCUGGAAAAAAUACGUGAUCGUUUGUAUGAGCUCCUGGCCCAGGGGGUGCCUCCAGAUAUGAUUUUCAAAGGGUUGGUUGAGAAUCUGGUCAAGAAUUGUGAUAUGUCUUUGAAAGCCAAAACACUGGAGUUUGCCACUUUGUAUGAGCAUCGGAUGCAGAACGGCUCCAAACAUAUUUUCCAUUUGGAAGCGUUUGUGGCGCACUUCAUGAACAUUUACAAACGAUUCAUAUCUGAAUCUCUUAUGAUGGAUGAGUUUUAAAAAGAAUUUAAAAAAUUUAAAUAAAAUAUAUUAACUACAAAAGAA